GGGCCGGCGCGGCGGGAGCGGGGCCGGGGCCGAGCCCAGCGGCAGGCCUAGGCCUAGGCCCGAUCCCAGCCGAGCCCGGCCCGAGCCGCCCGAGCCCCGCGGGCCCUGCCCGCACGGACACCCAGGUGAGCGGGGCGCGGCGCGGCGCGGGGCUCCCCGGUGUGCCCUUCAUGUCCCGUGUGCGCUCAGAACGGCGUCCCCCGGUGCGGGCCGUGCCCCGCCGGGCCGCCUCUCUGGGAGGGGCGCGCGUCUUGGCUGUUCCCGGUGACGCGGAGAGGAGAAAACGGGGGAAAUGAGGCAGUGUUUGGGAAGAGCGCCUUUCAGCGGAGACCCGGCGGCAGUCAACGUCCCGCGCCUCUCAGAGGCUGUGCAGGGCUGAAUUUCCCCGUGCUGAGUGCUCUGGGCAGUAACUGUGGGUGAUCUGCCUGCUCUGACAACGUCCGAGGACGCACGGGGGAUUCCCGGGAUGUCCCGGCAGAGACAGGGGUGGCAGGAGGGAAGAACAGCAGGCGCGCCCCUGUUUGAGGCUGGGCUUCGGAAUCGGCAGAGUUCCAGUCGAUCCCUCCUCAAAAGCGCAGUUCUGGCCGUGUGAGGUGUUUUUGGCUGGUGUAUGGUCUCGUGCCCGUCGAUGCUGCUGGAAGAUAAACGUGAGCCCAGGGAGCUGUGUGCGAGUGCCCGUGCGCAGCCUGCCUGCCCUGCAGGUCUCACACUCGGCUGUUUCCUGAGGAGCAGUCAGGAUGUUGCCGAGGGUCGCCCAGGACCAUGGAUUUCCCGGGGCACUUUGAGCAGGUCUUCCAGCAGCUGAACUACCAGCGUCUGCACGGGCAGCUGUGCGACUGCGUCAUCGUGGUGGGCAGCCGGCACUUCAAGGCGCACCGCUCGGUGCUGGCCGCCUGCAGCACGCACUUCCGCGCGCUCUUCACCGUGGCCGAGGGCGACCAGAGCAUGAACAUGAUCCAGCUGGACAGCGAGGUGGUGACGGCCGAGGCCUUCGCCGCGCUCAUCGACAUGAUGUACACCUCCACGCUGAUGCUGGGCGAGAGCAACGUGAUGGACGUGCUGCUGGCCGCCUCCCACCUGCACCUCAACUCGGUGGUGAAGGCCUGCAAGCACUACCUGACCACGCGGACGCUGCCGCUGUCGCCGCCCAGCGAGCGCGCGCAGGAGCAGAGCGCGCGGCUGCAGCGCUCCUUCAUGCUGCAGCAGCUGGGGCUCAGCAUCGUCAGCUCGGCGCUGGGCUCCUCGCAGGGCGCCGAGGAGCCGCCGGGCGCCGUGGGCGCGGCGCUGCGCGGCGGGCUGGAGCAGCGCGCCGCCUUCCCCAUGCGCCGCCUGCACAAGCGCAAGCAGUCCUCCGAGGAGCGCGCCCGCCAGCGCAUCCGCCCCGCCAUGGACGAGCCCGUGGCCGACGUGGCCGCCGAGAGCGGGCAGCCCGUGGUGCACUCGCGGGAGGAUUUCUUCUCCCCCGACUCGCUGAAGAUCGUGGACAACCCCAAGGCCGACGCGGUUGCCGACAACCAGGAGGACAACACGAUCAUGUUCGACCAGUCUUUCGGUGCUCAGGAGGACGCUCAGGUGCCCAGCCAGUCAGACAACGGCGGGGGGAACAUCUCCCAGAUGUCCAUGGCCUCCCAGGCCACGCAGGUGGAAACCAGCUUCGACCAGGAGGCUGCUGCUGAGAAGAGCAACUUCCCGUGUGAAAACCCGGAGGUCAGCCUCAAUGAGAAGGAGCACAUGAGGGUGGUGGUGAAGUCCGAGCCCCUGAGCUCCCCGGAGCCUCAGGACGAGGUGAGCGACGUCACCUCCCAGGCGGAGGGCAGCGAGUCGGUGGAGGUGGAAGGAGGCGUGGUGAGUGCAGAGAAGAUAGAGCUGAGUCCCGAGAGCAGUGACCGCAGCUUCUCUGACCCUCAGUCCAGCACCGACAGGGUGGGAGACAUCCACAUCAUGGACGUGGCCAACAACCUGGAACACAAGUCUUCUUUCAGCAUUUCCAAUUUCUUGAAUAAAAGCAGGGCGGGCGGCUUUGGCACCAGCCAGAACAACGACGACAACAUUCCCAACACCACCAGCGACUGCAGGAUGGACAGCGACGCCCCUUACCUGAUGAGCCCGGAGUCGGGGUCCGCCGGCGGCCACUCCUCUGCCGCUGUCUCGCACGUGGAGAACCCCUUCAGUGAGCCCACGGACUCCCACUUCGUGAGGCCCAUGCAGGACGUGAUGGGCCUGCCCUGCGUGCAGAGCUCCGGCUACCGAGCGGCGGAGCAGUUCGGCAUGGAUUUCCCGCGCUCAGGCCUGGGCUUGCACUCGCUGUCUCGGGCCAUGAUGGGCUCCGUCCGAGGCGGGGCCGGUGGCUUUCCCGGCUACCGCCGCAUCGCCCCCAAAAUGCCCGUGGUGACGUCCGUGCGGGGCUCGCAGCUGCAGGAGAGCUCCUCGGGGUCGCAGCUGAUGAUGAACGGGAGCGCGUCCUUCGAGGGCGGGCACCUGUCGCAGCCGGGCCCGCCGCAGCUGACGCGCGCCUCGGCCGACGUGCUGUCCAAGUGCAAGAAGGCCCUGUCGGAGCACAACGUGCUGGUGGUGGAGGGCGCGCGCAAGUACGCCUGCAAGAUCUGCUGCAAGACCUUCCUGACGCUGACGGACUGCAAGAAGCACAUCCGCGUGCACACGGGGGAGAAGCCCUACGCCUGCCUCAAGUGCGGCAAGCGCUUCAGCCAGUCCAGCCACCUCUACAAACACUCUAAGACCACCUGCCUCAGGUGGCAGAGCAGCAACCUGCCCAGCAGCUUGCUGUGAGCCGCCGGCCCGGCGCGGAGGAGACGGGCGGGCGCACACCGGCGUGCCACGGUGCCAAACACAGUCUUGGCUCUGCCAUUGGGGAUAUCCGGUACCUACCUCGCGGGUGUCGCCGCCGGAGCCGCGCGGCGGGAUGGGGAUGAGACCCCGGGAUGGGGGUGAGACCCCACGGAUGGGGGUGAGACCCCACUGGGGGGCGGGGAUGUGACCCCACGGCCAAGAGCCCCUUUGCAGGGCAGAGGGGUGACAGCACGGGGGUCUCCUGACACAGCACGGUUUGAGAGCAGCGAACUGACGUGCGCGUUUCUUUCUUUUUUUUUUUUUUUUCCCUUCUCUCUAAAGCAUUUUGUAACAGUGAAAGCAUUUAAAUGAUUACUGUAACAUGAGUUGCUGCAUUACGUGAGGAUGGUGGUGCAGAGCCCUUACCUUUAAAAGAGAAAAACGGCUUUAGGCUGCACCCGUCUGACAUAAUGCUUUAAAAUAUGCUAAUUAUGACAAUAGUUCUAGGAUUAUGAAUGUAUGUUUGGCUGUUUUGUAGUAAAGGACACUGUGUAAUCAAGGUGCUUAAAUUAAAUCCCAGACAAGUAACUUUUGGACUGCCAGGUGUACAUAUAACUUUAAUACAGCAAGAUCUGGAUAUUUGGCUGUUUUUUUUUCCGUAGAAACGAGUAUUAAGUGGUAAGUGAAGUACUGUCUCUUGUUUGUGCUAUUCCUAGCAGUAUUUUAACCAGUUUGUAUCGCCUAUGUUACAAUUCUAUAUACGCAGAAGUUUGAGCAGAGCUUGUCUUUGUCUGUCGUUUUGAAGGAGAGGGAAUCUGUGCUGGCUGUUUUUGCCACGGGAGGCAAGCAGCAUCUCGCUGUUCCCAGAUGCCCACAGUCCAUCUGGUCCCCGGUAUGGGCGUGAGCACGUUGUCUUUUCCUCUUAUCUCCAGGCUUUAAUUUCCUGCCCUGCACUCUGGGCGACUUCCCUUGGCAGCUGUGGGUCUGUCGGUGGAGCACGCGGCUCCUAGGUCAGGAGCAAUCCUCCUUUGCCACAUGGCACAGGAUCACAGGCUGUGCUCGGGUGCAGGGGAGCCCUCGGGAUCACUGUGUCCAGCUCCUGGCCUCGCAGGGGAUACCCCCACCAUCCCAUCUUGUGCCUGACACUUCUUCACCUCGGGCAGCCUUGGGGUUGUGACCCUGUCCCUGGGGAUCUUGUUCAGUGCCAGAGCCCCCUCUGGGUGAACAGCCUUUCUGAUAGCCAACCCAAACCUCCCCUGGCUCCCCUUCAGCUGUUUUCUCACGUCCUGUCACUGCUCACGAGAGUGAGGAGGUCUGUACCUGCCCCUCUGCUGCUCCUCGGGAGGAUGACGAGGAGGAUGAAGGCCCUGGUGAGGUCUGACCUCAGUGUCCUCUCCUCCAGGCUGAGCAAACCAAGUGCUCCUUGUAAAGCUCCCUCUCCAGACCCCUCACCAGCCCCAUGGCCUCCUUUGCACAGGCUCUAACAGCUUAAUGUCUGCAUGAUGGUGCUCAAACUGCCCUGGCACUUGAGGUGAGGCUGCCCCAGAGCAGAGCAGAGCAGGACAAUCCCCCCUCACCCUGCUGCUGACACCCCCAGCACCUGGCUGGCCCUCCUGGCUGCAGGGCACGGCUGCCUCACAUUUGUAAAAUGUCCUUGUCAAAUCCACCUAAACUAGUGUCAUUAAAGUACUUUCCCCCUUACAUUUUAAAAACAGCUAAUGUAAAAUUAAUUUUAAAGAAAUGGCACCGUACACACACAGCAGGAAGUUGUGUUUCUCCACAUAAGUAAUGUAAAAUUACUUUUUAACUUCCUCUUCUUUGGUGCCACUGUCACUUAACACUGCCUGCAGUCUCCUUUCUUCCUUGUCAAAGGUGCACACGGACUGGGCUCAGCAUUCCUAAGUUUUAAAACAAACUUCCAGAGCAUUUCUGCUGAUGGAGACCCAGGGGCUGGCUCCAGGCUGCAGCGUGUCCUUCUGCUCAGGUGAGACAGAGGACUCCCUGCACCUGCCCUGUCAGCCUGUCGUUUGCACCCUGACCAUCUGAGGACUGCAAACACAGGAGAUGGUUGGAUUAAUUCCUUCAAAAUGUUAAUAUCUUGUUAUAGGCUUUACUUAAUGAUCAUAUCUCUGGCUCUUGAUUUUUUUUUAAAGCAUUAAAAUAACACUUUUUUAAAGCA